CAGUUUUACCUAGAUGAGAUAAAGGUAUUUGGUUCCGUGGUACACCAUUACACGACAGAUCAAUAUCAUCAUCAAAUCUUUUGCAGAGACGAAAUUAAAAUUAAAAUACAAUCUGCAAAACAAGAGUUGCUUGUUCCUUUUUGCACUCACAAGUUAGAGAUCAAAUAGUCCAUGACAAGACUCGAAUACAUUGUCAAACAUUUGAGCAACGUCUUUUCUUGACGGAUACUUUUGCUAACUCGAAUACUGUAGGAGCUAGAAGGCCAAAACGUUGGAAUUCAUCUUAAAUGUUUGCUAGGAAGUAAAGUGUGCAUAGAUACCUGUAUUAUAAUUAUAUCUUAUGAUGCGUUUCCAUGUUUGGCCCGUACCUCGACCAUCAUUCCACCGCGUAAGUUUGUCUUAUACCUAUAGUCGAGUCGUAGCUUCGCAUGCUAUAUGCCAACAUAGAAAUGUCAUUGUAAGUAUCUAAUAGAUAAAUUUCCUCGGUUAAAGGUUCGUUAUUUUAUUGAAUCGGCGACUUAAAUAUUAAUGGAAAUUAUACAUCGAAUCCAUUUAGAGCCGAAUUUUCAUUGCUAAUCGUAAAACAAUGAAACAAAACGUACUUGGAAAGUAAACCGUCCUAGUGCCAAAAAAUAUCACAAACCGCUUCAUUUGACACAAUUUCAAUUGAUUGAAUCGGAUAGAACUAAGAAAGUAGGUGAUUUGACCGUGACGUCAUUAUGUUAGUUUUCAUAUAAAUACCAUAUAGGGAGGGUUCAUAAACAAAAGGGGGCAGCACAGGAGACGUCAGAUAAGUCAGAUUUUUGGCGCGAGUUGUAGAUUCAGACUAAGUUGGCAGCAAUUUUGAUAGCCCAGACGGUGAAAGUUUGACGUUUAAAAUAACCAGUACACCGUCUGGGCUCUAUAAAAAUCGCUGCCAAAUUAUCUUGGUUUGACUUUAAAUGUGAAGUUUAUGCUUCCACUGUAGCCCACAAGAUGAUAAUGCACAAGAAAACGUACGAGAACGGUAGAUGGCAGCACUUUGGCGUGAUGUGUUAAUGUACGUGUUUGCUUCCGAUUCAGGUCACAAGAUGGCAGACCCUCCAACGCGCACGGUCCCUAUUGGCAUCGUUUUGAUAGGUCUAAAGAAGAAAAUGAUCAGACUAGUAAAAUACCCUAUUGGCACGUUCGAGCUUUGGUCCAAUGCAAAAUAGUACUAGUCCUGUCAAAACGUCAAAUGCAUUGGUUGUAAAGCCCAACCAGAAAUACAUGAUCAUUGUCAUGAGGGCGCUGAAUAAAAAUUCCCAUCUUUUACCAGUAGUAAAUACUGUGAAAAAAAUUCCCAGUAGUUACCACGGGUAACAACUUGGUGGUAACUAGUUAUUCUCUUGUAUUGAGUGAGGGUCAGUUUAGUAUGAAAAAUUUAGUUCCAACAAACGCAAUAUGGCGCGUGAUCAUAUAUUACUGGUCAGGCUUUACCUACCUGCUGUGAGUUCCCGUCAAUCUGUAAUUUACUACAAGCAUCAAAGUACUAACCAAUUAAGAUCAUGGACACGACCCCGAUGCCUGCCUGUCUCUAAAUACCUACCUUUCUAGAGAUCUUAGAGGCCAUAUUGCAGGCUCAACGAAAUCUCAUUCAAAACCGGAGCAGCCAACUAGGGAACUACCUUUAUUCAGCGUGUAUUUUUGAUACGACCGCAUAAUCAAAGGGUUGUUAGUUUAGGCUGUAAUGAGCACACUUUCAUAUGUUUUAUAAAAACCUUGACGAAUUUUAUUUUUCCCAUAUAAUAUAAUUCAGCAGGCAAUGUAUCACUACUUUGUUUUAACUCGGAAACAUUGGACGUCACAACUGUCACAAGUGGCCAUGAUGUACUUACGAAAUACGUUGCCGUUCGAAAUCUUGAAAAAUUAAGUAUGCUCUAGUAGUUAAGACUAAACUAAAAAAAAAACCGAAUUGUCUUAUAACUAGCACUAAAACCUACUUACGUCUAGUUUAAAUUUGCGGUUAUAUUAAAAAUACACACUAUAAGGUGAUAACUGCUAACAAAUUAGUUACCGAUACAUAUUUUAAGAGAUGGUACUUUACAUUUAAACAAUUAACUAAAAAUUAAGAAAACUUUUCAUAUCAGUUAAUUAUAAGAAUAUAAAAUGAAAAUAGUCGGCCUUUGACUGAUAUGUUUGUUCGUUCGUAUAAUUGAGACGUUAUUUAUUGAAAGGAACCUUAUUGUCAAUGGCGCUUACGCUAUUAGCAACGAGGCUCCUAUAUAUAAAUACAACGCUGCGCUACGCAGUGCGGCAUAAGCGCUCUCGACAAAAUAUCCAGGUUUCAUAGAUAACGUCACAAUUAAUUCAAUUUAUGUACAAUGAAUAAGAUAAAAUUCAUUCAAACGUUAAUUUAUCUUUAUUGACAUAUUUAAUUUUUGCACUUGCACCGGUUUAAAUAUUUUUUAUAACUUUUAGGGCAGGUUACUGAAAUGAAACACUAAUCCACUUAUAAUUAUUUAUUAAAGCAGUCUAUAACAUAACAACAUUUUGGAGGUAACUUUAAAAAAUAGGGAUAAAAAAACCCACUAGAUACCACCAAAGAUUUAUGUAUAUAACUUCGUAUAUUGAUACCACCAACUCGGUUAGGUUAGGUUUUGGCUGGGAUUUAUUUUUCCCAGUAGUUACCACUUAACUAAUGGGAAUGACCCGUACACAUGUAGGUAAAUGUAUGUAUCGGAUAUAAUAAUUAUACUUAACACUUGAGCGCGGCGCAUUGAAAGGCCAAAAUUAUAUCAUAUUUUACUAUUCUGAAAUGACUCCGAAUACACCCUUUGUAAUCUUAGGGCUCCUCUACACGAUGGCCCAGCGUAGGCCAGUCCAAGGGACGCAGCUAUGCGGUGAAAUGAGAUAGCAAUAUCACUUGCUCCCUCUAACGCAUAAAUGCGUCCCUAGGACUGGCCUACGCUGGGCCAUCAUGUAGAGGAGCCAUUAGACACCUCGUUACGCGCCUUCGCUUGUAUUGCGGAAAUCCAUUAUUCCGCUGAUUUCACUUUCAUUUACCCUGGGAAACCCCACAGCUAGAUCCGUGGGAAAUUAAUAAUCUGUAGGUACUACCUGACGACCCGGUGACGAUACCUACAGCAAUUCGACAUGCAUUGCUGACAGCACGUGACACUAUCAUAUGGCUCUCUAUACGAGAUUGCUACUUUUUGACAAGUGUGAAUACCUAUGUAGGGACCCACAUAAAGCAAAAUUGUUUUGUAAUAUUGUAACACAAGUGUGCGACGUUGGUCAUUACAGAAGAGGCGAUAUUCUGAGCAAUAAGAAAGCCGAUAUGUGUAAUGACCAAUGCACACGUGUUUUAUACGAAAUAUUAUCAAAUGUUCAAAAUAUUAUUGUUAAAAAGUAACCUCCCUUAUUCAUAAACGUGUACUAAAGUUACGAUGCCGCUUAUAAUCGUUUGUCCCUUUCCGACUUCUUCAACGACGCAUAGUUUCCGUUUGGCGAUUUGUCGUCUUCGUUAUGUUUGUUAGGCAAAUUAAGUUUUCAAGACAAUUUUUUGUCAAGCACGAGAUCUGAUGGUAGAAUCUAUGAGGAAUCGAGGAAAUUCCUCAAAUGUUAAGGAUUUAUAUUCCUAUCCUAUUUAUUAAAUAGAACUUGUGUUUAAAAAUAACUGCUGUCUGGUGCUUUAUUUCAUGCAUGGUGUGAAAUUAUUUAUUUUAAAUACAGUCGAAUACCCUAUUGCCGGUAUCUUACCAGUCAACCAUAGGGCAAAUCUGAAAUGUGUCAAAGUGGGUGACAAAAAAACUGUUUUACCUCCUUUUCUACAUAAUUAGGCGUAGGACGCCUGCCUGCCUGUCUGUCUGUUACCUUUUCACGUUUAAAUCUCUGCGAUGAACCGCUUGCGGAUUCGAAUGAAAUUUGAUAAGAAGAUAGUUUGAGGCCAGAGCAAAUGAUAGUUUUUAUCAAUAAUCAUCAUCAUUCCACGCAGACGAAGUAAAUUAUAAGUGGAUGGGAUUUAUCAAGCUUCUUACCUGAGUAAGUUUUAUUACACAAAUUUAAACACGGUGCGUCUAUCCGAACACUUGACUCACACAAUCAGUACGUGGGGCUUUAGCUACGCUUUUUAACCGACUUCAAUUUCAUAGAAGGAGGAGGUUCUGUAUUCGGUUGUGGCUAUAUUUUUUUAUUCAUCCGUAUUGUAGAUCGGUACAAUUUACCUAGGAACUACAAAUUUUAACAUCGUUUUUUGGAGGUUUACGUGUUCACUAAGUUGUGUUAUAUAAAACACCUGGUUGUUGUAUAAAAAAACAGAAGACUAAUAAAAUAAAUAUGUCGCGUAAACGUAAUACUUAUCCUUCCCUAUUUUCUUAGAUAAGCCGUUGUAAACUUUACUUUCGAGAAUCAAAUUCCUUGGAAGCUUAGCUAAAUAGGUAGCUACUUGCCUUAUCAUACAUGUGAUAAGUAGGUACUUACUCUUGGAUGUAUUUAUGUAAACAAACAUCGUCUAGAAAAAUCGUGAAAAAUGCACAGGAGAAGGGCUCUAUUUGAGUCAAGAAAGUGACGUAUUUUUCUACUAACUACCUUAACUUCUUUCUAUUACCAUUGUCACCUCUUGUUAGCCUCGCUAGCCUCGUUAUCUUUAACUCGCUAUCUCGAGUCACGUAGGAUCAGUUUCAGUAGUAACACGUUUAUGUAAGUAAAUAAAAAGAAGCGGUUGACAUGUCAACGGGAUAACCUGUUAUCUACUCCUCAAAAGGGGUUUCGAGUGUUCCUGAACAAUCAGUCUCGGUCAUUGUUUAUUCAACUACCUUCAUAAGAUUAUAAGUUACCCUAGUUAACGGAAGAUGGUAGUUCAGUUUUGGGAAUAGGCAGGGUUGCCAUAAUUAUAAGGAGCUGAUACGGGAUAAUGGGUUAGUAACGGCAUUACGGGGGGAGUGCAAAUACGUAUACACAUAACUUUAACUAACAUAGGUAAGGGUACAAGGUGGAUAUAGGUUUUCUGCAUAUUCUGCUUAAAUACGGCGACAGUAUACAUAUAUACGGGGACGUAUGGCAACCCUAGGAAUAGGCCUCAUCAUUAUCGAUAAGAUCCAUAUCUGUUUUCCGUUUUUUAUUAUUUUCGUAGGUAAAGAGUUAGGCUAGCAAGCGCAGCGUAGCAAGUCCACUCACAAGAUGGACAGACCUUAUUAAGGUCUCCGGAAGACGCUGGAUGUGGUUCCCUUCCAACCGGUAUAUGUGGAGGUUCAAGGGGGAGGCCUAUGUUCAGCAGUGGACGUCUUAUGGCUGAGAUGUUGUUGUUGACGUUGAAACAGUUAGGUAAAAUUUCAGGUUAGUUUGAUUUUGUAACCUGACCAGAUACUUAAAUGAAAAAUUGGCUGUCAGACAUAAUAUUCGGAAAAUUAUUAUACUAGCCAUUAUUGACACAAUUAAGUUAUCUCUUCGACGGCUGUCUAUCCUGAUUAAAAACCUAUAGGAUAGCAACCUUACUCAAUUUAACCUAUAGGAACUGGUUGAGCUGCGCUGCGCUAGCUGCUAACACGGUGGGGCGCCGGGAUUUUGGCGCGAGUGAAAGUGCGGUGGUGUGGCCGAAGACCCCGCACUGCGGCUGCGCCGCCGCGGCCGUCAGUACGCGAAUAAUGCCAGCCACUCGCCUUCACCGACUUCGCCAGUGAUCCUCGAGAUGCCGUGCAAAUAAAUGGUUGCGCAUUUUGUUCUCCACCGUUUCCAACCCCGGACCCGCGACAAUGUGCCCAUGGACAACAGUGGCUCUUGUUUUUGUGUUUGUUUGUUCCGGGGCUGCAAGGGAGAUAAGCUCGCCGGAUAUCGCUGCGCUUGAUAACCAUGUGUCAUCAGGUAACAGAAGCCAGCGGUUUCUCUUCGAUGCCAUCUUCGGACUGGAGGUGCCACUCCUGGAUGAGCAGAGUGUGGAGGAGGAAGACGAUGACUCGCAGGUCAAGAACUGCUCAUGUGAGUGCGGCAGAGCAAAUCCUCUUCCUAGGAAAAUAGAGUGCGGCGGAUCAAACCAGGAGAACCGCAUCGUGGGCGGCGUGCCGGCAGGGGCUAAUCGCUACCCGUGGAUGGCCAGGAUCGUCUACGAUGGACAGUUCCACUGUGGAGCGUCGCUGCUUACCAAGGAGUAUGUGCUAACGGCUGCGCAUUGCGUGAGGAAGCUUAAACGUUCGAAGAUCCGUGUGAUCCUCGGCGAUCACGACCAGACGAUCACGACGGAGAGUGCGGCCAUCAUGCGCGCUGUCACCUCCAUCGUGCGGCACCGGAGCUUCGACGCGGACUCCUACAACAACGACAUAGCGCUGCUCAAGCUGCGCAAGCCGGUCACUUUCUCCAAGAUCAUAAAACCCAUCUGUCUGCCACCAGCUAGUAUAGAUCCCUCCGGUAAAGAAGGCAUCGUGGUUGGCUGGGGUCGCACGUCAGAAGGCGGGCAGCUGCCGGCUGUGGUGCAGGAGGUGCGCGUGCCCAUCCUGUCGCUAUCGCAGUGUCGCGGGAUGAAGUACCGAGCUUCCCGGAUCACUAACAACAUGCUGUGUGCCGGUCGAGCGUCUACCGAUUCUUGCCAGGGCGACAGUGGUGGGCCUCUACUUUUACAAAAGGGAGACAAAUUCCAGAUUGUUGGCAUAGUGUCGUGGGGCGUUGGUUGCGGACGGCCGGGGUACCCAGGAGUCUACACGAGAGUCACUCGCUUCCUGCCCUGGCUUCGAGCCAACUUACGGGAUUCCUGUCUCUGCGGGAACAGACAAAAAUUAGUGGGGCUGUUUACACUGCCGUACCCAAAACACGUUGGAUGCGCGCUCAGUGUCCCUCGACGGGCGACAGCGCCAAGUUCAAGAACAGAGGCGCCCACAGAGCGCGAAUAUUUUAUUCCAAAUUUGAAUUUUUCUUUUUCUUUCGAGUCUUUUGUUUCAAGUGCCAACAUGUGGAAGUAUAUUUUCCUUUUAGUGUGUGCUGCCGCUUUCACUUAUUCUGAGAAUGAAGUUUCGCGCGAUGCUCGAGGAGUGUUCACGAAGAACUUCUUUGGCGGCGUGUGGGGCAACCGUCCACCCCUCAUGGAGGUCAAUCAGCCUAGAGCCAUCUGCACUUGCAAAUGUGGAGAACGGAAUGAGGCAGGCCGCAUUGUGGGCGGCAGGGAAGCUGGCGAGUUCCCCUGGAUGGCCAAGCUGACCUACAUCAAGAGAUUCUACUGCGGGGGCAUGCUCAUCAAUGACCGUUACGUGCUCACCGCUGCCCAUUGCGUUAAGGGCUUCAUGUGGUUCAUGAUAAAGGUGACGUUUGGAGAGCACGACCGCUGCAACGCCACGACGCGGCCCGAGACUCGCUUCGUGCUGCGCGCCAUCGUGAACAAGUUCAGCCUCACCAACUUCGACAACGACAUCGCCCUGCUGCGGCUCAACGAGCGCGUGCCUCUGUCGGAGGCUAUCAAGCCUAUCUGUUUGCCUGCUAAUGAUAAAGAGCUCUACGUCGGAGUGAAGGCCGUCGCUACCGGCUGGGGUACCCUGACGGAGGAAGGCAAGGUGUCGUGUACUCUGCAGGAGGUGGAAUUACCCGUGAUAAGUAACCAGGACUGUCGCAAGACCAAGUACACCGCGUCUAUGAUCACUGACAACAUGCUGUGUGCCGGGUACCCGGCUACUGGACAGAAGGACUCUUGCCAGGGUGACAGCGGUGGACCACUUAUCACGGAGAAGACGACCGCGUCGCAAGAGAAACGCUACGAGUUGAUUGGUGUGGUGUCAUGGGGCAACGGAUGUGCGCGCCCUGGUUACCCGGGCGUGUACACGCGCGUCACCAACUAUCUUGGAUGGAUCCGCGAAAACACAAAGGACGCGUGCUACUGCUCCGAUUAGUUCAUGAGCCCAAAACCUAACCUAAGGGCCACGAAAAUAAGCACCGACGAAUUUACCCGACACUGGUAGCACGGUAGUUUUUGAACAAUAAAAAUACUGCACCGUAAGAGUCGAUUAACAUAAAAUUCAUUCAGAGUAUUUUAUUCGUGGUCGAGUCAUGGGUUUGUUUAGGUCAACCGCGCAAAGAAAACCAGGGGCCCGUUUUUGGAACAAUAGAAAACAUGCCAUAUUUAUAAAUACCGUUCCAGAAAUAAGGCCCAGUGCCAUUACGUGACUUUAAUUUUUUGAAAUAGCGUCUGAAAUGAUUAUUGGUUGAUGAUCAGGAAUAUUUAUGUAGAAAAAUGUACGGACGGAUGUAUGUAAGGACGUCCCAUUUCAGGUUUUACUACAGUCUUUCAAGUUUGACGACCGUAAUUUUUUGAAAGAUUUAGGCCAUAAAAUAUGCCAUAAUGGAGACAUUACAGUUACGGACUAUCUUUUUUUGGCUCGCCAGGCAGUGCCAGGUCACUUAAAAUUUCAAUAGUAUGGAUUUAUACGAUGUGAAACCACAAUUCGCAUUGACUUAAUUUAAUUAUUUUUUUAUGUACCGCUCUCGACUCAGACUCGUGCAAUAGCGAUGUGUUCCUGAGAGAUAAAUAAUGCCCAAAGCAAUUAAGUGAUAGCAGAUGGGUAGGUCUGUAUUACUUAUGCAUGAUAAAAAAAAAUCUUGCGUCAUUUAAUAAUAUUAGAUACCUAAUUGCUGUAUAACGUUUAAUCACCACUAACAAGAACUACAACGCGAUGAUAACUAAAAAUGAGAUGAGAUGUUUGUAUUAUUUCCAAGGAUUACAAUUUUUAAAAGACUCGGAACUUGAAACUAUUAUAAUUCGGAACUCGAAAAUAUUAACAUUUUACGACACAUUUAGCCGCACUAACCUCAAAAUAUAUUAUGUAACCUAACCUAAGUAAUUUUGUACUUCCUUAGUAGGAAAACCUUCUUUCAGUUCAGACCCAUACUUAACAUUUAUUGAUUUCAUUAGGUAUUGAAAAUUGCACAAAAACACGAACAUUCGUGAGAAAUGUUACUGAAAGUGAGAUUUGAAAAGACAUUUAUGCCGCCCCUAGCGGCUCAUAUCACUUGCGGUAGUCUCCAUUAAUAUACGUAGCCUAACGCCUAACAUCAAAUUUUUGUUUAAAAUACCUGACUAGAAGGUAGUCCUUCCGGGUAACUUUGUAUACAUGGCUGACAUAGACAUUGAAUAGAUCUAGACAGUACACCAUUUAAAUUGUUUUAGAAGACGUUCACAUAAAAUAAUAAUUACUUAAUAUUUAGAUCUCUUGAUCAAUCAGAUCGAUGUGAUAGUUUUGUAUUGAAUUCUAAGCCACCGUUCCAUAUUAACAGAAAAUUAAAUUUACCCGGAUUGACUCUGUACGUACUUAAGUAGGUAUGCUACUUAUGCACUAGUUAUACAUACACAUUAAAUUUGUUUCUACAUUGAUUAAUGUUAAGUGCGAGUUUAUACAUUUGCUACUAAACGCAAGUAGCAGAUGUAUGAACUCGUGCUUAACACUAAUCAAUGGGCCAUACGUGCAACGGAUUAUUUACACUAUGUGUACCUAAAUGCUUGGGUACUAGUGUAGUAGAUUUCGUUUAGUUAAAGGUGACAUUUGAAUGGCAACAGAAGCUGCAUUACUGUUGUGCAGCUGUUGUGACAUUACUGUAAGAAUGUCACCUUUAAUUUAAGCAUGCAGUAGGGUAUGUUUAGGCUGGUGUUACCAAACUAUAGUUCGUGUCAUCCACGAUGACACGCAGAUUUGUCAAAUCUAACCUUUAAUAAUAUGACAAAACGAGUCAAGACACGCGUCUUCGUGAAUGACACGAUCCAUAAUAUAAAAUCGCCAUAGACUUAAACGAACUCUACAUAAACUAAGUUAUAAUUAUGUUAAGUAUUUAAUUCAGAACUAUUAAGUACUGAAGGUAAUGAUUAAAAAUAUAUUUAGAAAUUGUGUUUGUAAUGAUAUCACAGGGUGGCAUUGCCAUGAUUAUUUAAUUAUAAAUGAUAUGUUUGGAAAAGACUACUCGUAAGUUAAUUUACUUGUAAUGACUAUGAGAAUAAUUUAUAUUAAAAGUAAAACUGAACAUUAUAAAAAUGUUGUUUUAUUAUUUUAAAUAUUCCUUUAGGAACUAAAUAUAAUCGAUUAUUUUAUGAAACGUUUCGUAGCAGUACGUCGUCGUUAUGUAUUUUCCAAAGUAGUUACAAUUUAACUACAAUUUAAAAAUGAAAAUUCGAUUUACAAAAUGAUCGCUGUCUAGAUUCUUCUAGAUUUCUGCUAAAUUGUGAUAUAAUAAAUUAUAACCUACAGUGAACAUCCUUUUUAGAUUAAAAUCCCAUGAAAACAUAAAUGUGAAAAUGGAUGCCAGGCCUUGCCACAAUAAUAUUGAUAUAACACAAGAUAAAUUAAAUGAAGCUCAAGAUAAGGCUUGGUAAGCAAGCAAGCAAUUAAUUAUCUUGUUAUUUCGCGGUUUACGAAAAGAUUUUAUUUGAUUAUUCAAACGUCAUAAGUAAAGUUUUGCUUUUACCUGUAACUUCGAAAUUCACAAACAGGCGAUAUAAAAUGUUUAAAUAUUUUAUGCAUACUUAAUCCUACUUAGUUCAUCUGUAUACAUACCAAAUUAUAGUUUUCUAAGUAAUGUCGAAAUGGGAUUCAGAAUAUUCAGAUUUUAAUGUCGGUCAAUCAGUGUUAAAAAAUAAAAAGUCAUUUAUUGUCGCAAAAAAUAAAUAAAUAGUACAUACAGCA